GUUGUUGGUGGGUGUGUCCUCACGGAUACAGUGAGUGCUGGGAUAUUUAGGCCGCGCUGAGGCCUCGGCGUGCUGCUUAGGAUAGGGCCCUCGAAUGGGCUCUUUGCUUCUGGCCCUACGGGGUCGCCUUGCCGGGCCAGCCUGGUGCCUGCGCUCGGCACGGAGCACGGGAUGGGUGUGGAAGAGCAGCGGUUCGGAAGGCGGAAUCCUUCAGAAUUUGCUGUUUCGGAGGAUUUCUCCCAUAUGUCACGGAGCUUGCGGAUUAUUAAUUAAACGCCACCUGAUUCAAGACCCCCUGCGGCUCUGGAGGCUAUUGGGGGGCAUUAAUUAUUUCAGCACUUCUCAUUCAAAAAGAAAAGGAAAUCAGAAUGAAGGUUCGAAAGGGAAGAGUCCGCCGGAAGACGAAGAGGAGAAGAAGCGCCGCGAGAGGGAGGAUCAGAUGUACCGCGAGCGCCUACGGACUCUCUUCAUCAUCGCCGUGGCCAUGAGCUUGCUCAACUCCUUAAGCAGCAGCGGAGGAAACAUCUCUUGGAAUGACUUUGUGAAUGAAAUGCUGGCCAAGGGCGAGGUGAUGCGAGUGCAGGUUGUCCCGGAGAGCGACGUGGUGGAGAUCUACCUGUAUCCUGGCGCUGUGGUUUUCGGAAGGCCUCGCCUGGCACUCAUGUACAGAAUGCAGGUGGCCAACAUAGACAAGUUCGAGGAGAAGCUGAGAGCGGCUGAGGAUGAGCUGAAGAUUGAUGUGAAGGAUCGUAUCCCGGUCUCUUACAAGCGCACUGGCUUUUUUGGAAAUGCCCUUUAUUCCUUGGGUAUGGCAGCAGUUGGCGUGGCUAUCUUGUGGUACAUAUUCCGCUUGGCUGGGAUGGCUGGUCGUGAAGGUGGCUUCAGUGCCUUUAACCAGCUGAAGAUGGCCCGUUUCACCAUUGUGGAUGGGAAGUCUGGGAAAGGGAUCAGCUUUAAGGAUGUUGCUGGGAUGCACGAGGCCAAGAUGGAGGUCAAAGAGUUUGUGGAUUAUUUAAAGAGCCCAGAACGCUACUUGCAGCUUGGAGCCAAAGUGCCAAAAGGAGCCCUUCUCCUCGGACCCCCUGGCUGUGGAAAGACUCUGUUAGCCAAGGCAGUAGCCACCGAAGCUCAAGUACCCUUCCUGGCCAUGGCUGGCUCUGAGUUUGUGGAGGUGAUAGGAGGCCUAGGAGCUGCCCGAGUGCGCAGUCUGUUUAAAGAAGCACGUGCCCGAGCCCCUUGCAUUGUCUACAUAGAUGAGAUUGAUGCCGUAGGGAAGAAGCGUUCCACCAACAUGUCAGCGUUUUCCAACACUGAGGAGGAGCAGACACUCAAUCAGCUGUUAGUGGAGAUGGACGGCAUGGGUACCACCGACCAUGUUAUAGUUCUCGCCUCUACAAACCGAGCUGACAUACUGGACAAUGCCUUGAUGAGGCCGGGAAGACUGGACAGGCACAUUUUUAUUGACCUCCCCACACUACAGGAGAGGAGGGAGAUCUUUGAACAGCACCUAAAGAUCUUGAAGCUGACGCAGCCUGGAACGUUCUACUCUCAGCGCCUGGCUGAGCUGACCCCGGGAUUCAGUGGAGCGGAUAUUGCCAACAUUUGCAACGAAGCUGCUCUGCACGCAGCGCGCGAGGGAUACCAGGCUGUAGAUACCUUCAACUUUGAGUAUGCUGUCGAGCGAGUGAUUGCAGGAACCGCCAAGAAGAGCAAGAUCAUGUCAAAGGAGGAGAGGCGCGUGGUCGCUUUUCACGAAUCGGGCCAUGCUCUUGUGGGCUGGCUGCUGGAACACACUGAGGCUGUGAUGAAGGUAUCUAUUGCACCACGGACAAACGCUGCUCUGGGAUUUGCGCAGAUCCUGCCAAGGGAGCAGUUCCUAUUCACCAAAGAGCAGCUGUUUGAGAGGAUGUGCAUGGCUCUUGGAGGCAGGGUGUCUGAGGCCGUCACCUUCAAUAAAGUCACCACAGGUGCUCAAGAUGACCUGAGGAAGGUGACACGAGUGGCGUAUUCUAUGGUGAAGCAGUAUGGCAUGGUGGCGAGUAUUGGGCAGGUAUCCUUUCCCGAUAGUGAAUCCACAGUUGGAAUUGGUAGACGACCGUUCAGUCAGGGGCUGCAGGAAAUGAUGGACUACGAAGCCAGGCUACUUGUCUCCUCCGCUUACAGACGCACAGAGAAACUUCUGGAGGAAAACCGGGACAAGCUACUGGCGCUGGCCAAUGCAUUGUUGGAGAGAGAAGUCAUAAACUAUGAUGACAUUGAAAAGCUAAUUGGACCACCUCCCCAUGGCCCUAAGAAAAUGAUUGCCCCUCAGAGCUGGAUUGAAGCUGAGAAGGACAAACAGGAUAAUGGAGAAGAUGAGCCUCGCCAGCGGCCACGUCCAAAAAUUGAGGAAGAAGAUUUAAACCUGACGCCUCCCUGAUAUCAGAAGACUGAACUGUAAUUCGAAAAGCACUUAGCAGGGCACAAUGACCCCCGCCAGACAUUUAAUCUCCUUGGAGAGGGUGUUGGCUAAUCCAAAGAGGCUUUCAGAAUAUAUCUAUAUUUAUAUUGUUC